AUGUCAGGCACUGCUGGUCAAGUAAUAAAAUGCAAAGCUGCUGUUGCAUGGGAAGCCGGAAAGCCGCUGGUGAUUGAGGAGGUGGAGGUGGCGCCGCCGCAGAAAAUGGAGGUCCGGUUGAAGAUCCUCUUCACCUCCCUCUGCCACACCGAUGUCUACUUCUGGGAAGCCAAGGCUCAAGAUUCUGUCUUUCCUCGAAUUCUCGGUCACGAAGCAGCCGGGAUUGUAGAGAGUGUGGGAGAAGGAGUUACCGCACUUGCACCAGGCGAUCACGUGCUUCCGGUUUUUACCGGCGAAUGUGGAGAAUGCGCUCACUGCAAAUCCGAAGAAAGCAAUAUGUGCAGCCUUCUGAGGAUCAACACCGAACGAGGCGUAAUGAUUCAUGACGAAAAACCGAGAUUUUCCAUCAAAGGAAAGCCGAUUUACCAUUUUGUGGGGACUUCCACGUUUAGUGAGUACACUGUGGUUCAUGCCGGCUGUGUUGCCAAAAUCAAUCCACUUGCUCCUCUCGACAAAGUCUGCGUGCUGAGUUGCGGAAUUUCAACAGGCCUUGGUGCUACAUUGAAUGUUGCUAAACCAACAAAGGGCUCGUCGGUUGCUGUUUUCGGACUUGGAGCUGUUGGGCUUGCUGCUGCGGAAGGAGCCAGAUUGGCUGGUGCUUCGAGAAUUAUUGGUGUGGACUUAAACUCUGCCAGAUUUGAAGAAGCCAAGAAAUUUGGAGUGACUGAAUUUGUGAACCCAAAGGAUUAUAACAAGCCAGUUCAAGAGGUGAUAGCUGAGAUGACUAACGGAGGGGUAGAUCGAAGUGUGGAAUGUACUGGAAAUGUCAAUGCCAUGAUAUCUGCAUUUGAAUGUGUUCACGAUGAAUGUUACAGCGCCUCGUUUGCCGCUCGUGGCGCAACUCCGUGUCGGCCCUGCCUCACGCGCUACCCGCCCUGCCUCACGCGCUACCACCCCCGCACGCGCACCUGGAAAUUCCACAAACACGGCUGCAACGGCUCCACCUUCCAAACUUCCUUCCCCGACCUCCACGGCGCCGAGAUAUGCUGCUCCCGCCACGGCUGGAUCCUCAUGACCCGACCCGACCAAGGCACCUUCUUCUUCUUCGACCCGUGCAGCCGCCGCACGAUCCACCUCCCCCCCAUGACCGACAACGGGUUCACCACUUUCGGCUUCUUCGGGCCCCCGACCGAGCCCGGCUGCACCGUCCUCGGUAUCGGCGGCUUGUACGGGUUCCCGCACGUCCACACGUGCGUGAUCCGCCAUGGGGAGUCCGAGUGGGAGAUCCGCGAGCACUACACGUGCGGGAUUGAUUUCCCAAUUUCGCUCGCGGCCCCAGUAAUGCACGCGGGCCAGGCCCAUUUUGUGGACAAGCGGGGCAACGUGGCUCAAAUCGACGUGGGCCACGCGGGAGGGAAGCUGUCGAUAGCUGGCGUGUGGGAAGGCGUAGGGGACGACAGAGUGUUGUACCUUAGUCAGGGUUCGUCGUUCGUUGGCCCGGCGCGCGAGGGGAAGGGGAACACGGCGUGCUUGGCUAAGUUGUACCAAGGAAGACUCGUCGCGUAUUGUGUGAAGGACGGGAAGUACCGGUUGGAGGACGGGAGUGGGGACACGGAGGAUCGGGACACGGAAGUCUAUGCUCUGGAGCGCGGGAAGAGUUGGACGCCGGUCGAUGGAGGGUACAGUGACGCGGUCGAUUUUCAGAGUUUUUACUCUGCCGCCUGGUUUAAGCCGGAGCCGGAGCGCCGGAGCUCAGGGCAGACGGAAGAGGACCAGUGGAUAGAGUUUGAUUCUUCAGUUGUUGAUUCUACAAUAGAGCAUGCUACAAUGAGUGAAUAUUCAGAAGAAGAUUUAGCUAAUGCUACCAUUUGGGGCCAGCCCGGGCCCGGCGAGUCGAGCCAGAUGACCACCCAACAAGCGUAUCAAGUGGAGUUGGAGUCGAUGGUGGCGAGAUUAGAAGAAGAAGAGGAGCGGUUUCUGAGAGAAAAGUUCUCUCAGGCUUCUACAAUUGUGGUGGAUGGCGUUUCACAAUGGAAAAAUCCUCAGGCUCACAUAGGAGACACUGUCAUUUUCCAGCACAAGUAUCACUACAACCUCUACAUUUUCAAGAACAAGAUUGCUUUUUCUGUCUGCAACUUCACUCAAGCUACAAUUUUGACAAAGCCCAACUCCACAGUUUAUACAUGGCACAUUUCACGGCCUGGCUUCUUCUACUUCUCCUUCAACAACGGCUCCAGCGACGCCUGCCUGCAAGGCCGGAAGCUCGCCGUCGAGGUCUAUCCCGCCCCGCCGCCGGAAUCGGCCCCGCCUCCCACCUCCGGAGGCACCGUAGCGUCGUCUCCGGCGUUCCCCUGGCCGUCUCAGCCCAGGGAGGGCACGUCACCGGGACCCGCGCCGGGUUUGUCGAUGGCGGCGGGUGGGCCCUCGUCGCCGGAGAAAGAAGGCGUGCCGUUCAUCAACAGCAGCCCGGCUGUGCCUCUGCCGACGGGCGAAGUUGACUCGGCCACGUUUCGUCCACCGUCAACGUCCGGCAAUCGGCACUCUGAACAGGUACUUAUUCCUUAG